UUUCUCGGACAUAAAUUUUGACCUGACUCUCAAGAAGUAUGAGAUGGUGAAGGGAAACUUCUCUCAGACUUUCCUUCGCGUUGGCUAUCACAAAAUAGCUGAGAUUCCAGCAGGAGCGCACAACAUCAGCAUACAGGAGACAAUAAAGAGCCGCAAUUAUCUGGGUAUAAAAAUAGCCAGGAAAGUGUUAUGCAACAUAGUUUAUAAAACAUUUUAAUAACUUCCACACACAUUUUUGAAUUUGUAAAAAAUAUUGUGUUUUUUCUUCAGCCCUGCAGACUAAAAAUGGUGUGUCCAUAAUCAAUGGAAACUGGGUGAUUGAUAGACCGGGUAUCUACACAGCAGUUGGAACCCAAUUACUGUAUAUGAGACCCAAUGAGAUUCGCUCACGCACAGGAGAAUCUAUUACUGCCCCUGGGCCACUGAGUGAGGACCUGAUUUUAUAUCUCAUUUAUCAACAACCCAAUCCCAGUGUGUACUAUGAGUACACUGUGCCCUCACCACACACAGAGCAAAAUCCAAAACCCCAUGAGGGUUCAAAUGUUAUUGCCCCAGGUGUAACCACAAAAUCACCCCACUCAGGGGAUGGGGUCAACAACAGUGGCAUCUCCAACAACAACAUCAAUGAGAACUCCCAUCUGAAUCAGGCCCUAACCACACCGGCUGUGACCACAAAACUGCAGACCGUGUACGAGUGGGUAGAAUCAAGAUUCAGUGAGUGCAGCACCACAUGUGGCACUGGCACGCGGCACAUGCUCUGGGCCUGUGUGGAGAAGGAUUCCCAAACAACAGUUUCCUCUGACCUUUGCGACUCUGCUCUUGAACCAGAAAAGCAGCUAGAGGACUGCAACCCCCAGCAAUGCCCUGCAUAUUGGGACAUUGGGGAGUGGUCUGAGUGCAGUGCAAAAUGUGGGCCUGGUACUCAGCAGCGUCAGGUCAUCUGUCGUCAGGUUACUCAGGCGCACGCCAAUGGCUCCGAGACUUCUGUGACUGUAGCGCUGGAACAGUGUGGCUCCACUGAUAUCCCUGAGACCAAGUCCACCUGUCAGCUCAAGAUCUGUAGCCAGUGGGAGAUCCGGUCUGAAUGGACUCCAUGCUCAGUGCCGUGUGGAGUGGGCCAACGCAGCAGAGAGGUGUUGUGUGUGAGUAACCAGGGGGAACCAGAGCCAGACACAGAGUGUAAUAUGAACAUAAAGCCAGACACUCUGCAAAACUGUGACAUGGGCAAGUGUGCUCGCAGCUGGUUCACCUCACAGUGGAGCCAACAGUGCACCACGGAGUGCGGAAGAGGGAAUCGCACUCGGACAGCUGUGUGCCUCAUGGACUAUGUGACAGAUCUUCCACUGGGCAGCUGUGAAGGGGAGCGACCAGCAGAGGUGACAACAUGUGAUUCAGGCCCCUGCCAAAACCGCGUUGAGUGGUACACAGGUCCCUGGAGUCGGUGUUCUGCAGACUGUGGAAAUGGAACACAGACCCGGAGUAUUGCUUGUAUUGUCACUAAUAAUGGGAAGAUGGAUGUUGUUGAUCAAGCAAAAUGUGAUAGUCUGUCAAAGCCAAUCAGAGCUCAGGCCUGCAGUCUGAAGCCUUGUGGAGUCCAGUGGUAUGUCUCGGAGUGGAGCACAUGCUCUCGUUCUUGUAAUGGUGGCUACCGUGUGCGUGAAGUGCGCUGUCUGACUGAUGACAUUGUCCCAAGUGAGAACUGUGACCUACAUGUGACCCCAAACACACAAGAAGAAUGCAACCUACAGCCUUGCCUUGCAGAGAUCGAUCUUCAGUGCAGUGACCAGUACCACAAAUGUAUGGUGGUGGUUCAGGCUCGACUCUGCAUUUAUCCAUACUACAGAAGUGUCUGCUGUGCUUCUUGCUCUCGGGCCCAGAAAACAUUCCCAGCCAAUAUUCACCAGAACAGGAUACGCCGGUGAUUAAAAAAAAAAAAAAAAAAAAAAAACUCAGAAUGACUUUUCUUUAAAUGGGAUAGUUCACUGCUGACAUCAUUGCUUAAAGGGUCCAUAUUACUCUAUUUUCUCAUUCCAUGUGAUACUGGAGUUGUGUUUUGUUUCAUUCAUACAUGUUUAAUACACAAACCCUGCAUAUUUAGGCUACUUUCUUCUCUCAAACUGAAGAC